UCCCCCGUCUCUCCGCAGACUCGUCUCCAUGGAUAUAGACUUGGACUAUGAGCGCCCCAAUGUCGAGACCAUCAAAUGCGUGGUAGUCGGAGACAACGCGGUGGGGAAGACGCGCCUGAUCUGCGCCCGCGCCUGUAAUGCCACCCUCACCCAGUACCAGCUCCUCGCCACCCACGUCCCCACCGUGUGGGCCAUCGACCAAUACCGCGUCUGCCAGGAGGUUCUGGAGCGAUCCCGCGAUGUGGUGGACGAGGUCAGCGUCUCCCUGCGGCUCUGGGACACCUUCGGGGACCAUCACAAGGACCGGCGAUUCGCCUACGGGAGAUCGGACGUCGUGGUUCUGUGUUUCUCAUUGGCCAACCCGUACUCUCUGCGCCACGUCAAGACCAUGUGGCUCCCGGAGAUCAAACACUUCUGUCCUCGGACCCCCGUGGUGCUGGUCGGGUGUCAGCUGGACCUGCGAUAUGCCGAUUUGGAUGCAGUGAACCGUGCACGUCGCCCCUUGGCUAAGCCCAUCAAACCCACGGAUAUUCUUUCUCCAGAGAUCGGGCAUGAAGUGGCCAAGGAACUGGGGAUUCCAUACUACGAGACCAGUGUGGUGGCCCAGUUCGGGGUGAAGGACGUCUUUGAUAACGCAAUCAGGGCUGCGCUCAUUUCCCGGAGGCACUUACAGUUUUGGAAAUCCCACCUAAAGAAAGUUCAGCGUCCGCUACUCCAAGCCCCGUUCCUGCCUCCUAAGCCGCCUCCCCCCAUCAUCCACUUGCCCGAUACUCCACAGUGUAGCGGCCAGGGCCCCGCUGCUCUCUUCUCAACCCCUCUGUGUGCCGACGUGGUGUUCCUGCUGCAGGACGGGCAAAAGAUAUUUGCCCACAAAGUCUACUUGGCCACGGCCUGCUCCAAAUUCUAUGACCUCUUCACCUUGGAGUUGAUGCCCAUGGAGGAGGAGGAGGAGGAAGAGGAGAAGCAGGAUCCUUCCAAACAUGACCUCUUCAGGGUACCUGGUGGAGCUGUGGCCGGACCUUCCUGGACUAGGAGCAUGAUGGCGGACUGCAAACCCGAGGCCUUAAAUGGACAACUUGGAAACCCCCCGUGCUCUUUCAGGACUUCUUCUGAUGUUGAUGCCGCUCAGGUGGGUGAGAUGCCUCCCCUUGGGUGGGGCAGGAAGCUGGAAGAGUGGGGUAGAGGGUUUAUUGACGUAGAAAUGAACAUUUUUGAAGAUCCUCUGACCCAGCGGGAGAGGCCGAUGCUGGUGGUGCAGAUGGAUUCGCUCAUUCAGGUGGAGCCGUUGCGAGCGGUGUUGGAGUACCUGUACACGGGGCACCUAAACCAGUGUAGGGCGGACCUCAUGCAGAUCGCUACCAUCGCCGAAGCCCUAGAAGUCUUCGACCUGCGCAUGAUGGUGUCCAACCUGCUGAACAAAGAAGGCUUCAUGAACCAGGAGAUCACCAAAGCCUUUCAUGUGCGGAGAGCCAACCGGAUCAGAGAAUGCCUGAACCGCGGCCUCUUCUCAGACGUUCUGUUUACAGUGGAUGACGGCUCGGUUCCGGCCCACAAGCCUCUGCUGAUUGCCAACUGUGACUGGAUGGUGGCAUUGUUCCGAGGCUCCUUUCGAGAGAGCUUCACACCAGGGGUCUCUUUGCCUGGCACUUCCACUUCCUGCCUGCGUGCCGUCCUGGAGUAUCUCUACCUGGGCCACUUCUGUCCGGGGCCCCAACUCGGCUCUAUGGAGCUCUUGGUGCUGAGCAACCGGCUUUGUCUUCCCCACUUGCAGGCCCUGACCGAACAACACACGGUGGACGAGCUCCUGGCCUCCUAUGUGCAGGGGAUGGAUAUAGACGGGCAGGUCCUCCUCUACCUGGAGAUCGCUCAGUUCCACAAUGCCAAGCAGUUGGCUGACUGGUGCCUCCAUUACAUCUGUACCAACUACAACGCCGUGUGCCGCAAGUUCCCCCGGGAGAUGAAGUACAUGCCACUGGAAAACAAAAGCCACUUUGAGCGUCUUCGCUGGCCCCCGGUGUGGUACCUGAAGGAGGAAGACCGUUACCUCCGCUGUAAGAAGGAGCGCGAAAAGGAGGAGGAGCUCAUCCGCAAGCAGCACAGCAAGAACAAGUGGUGUUUUUGGCGCCCUUCCUCUUCCUCGUCGCCGUCCUCCAUUUCCUGAGCCCCCGAGACUCUUCCUGUGCCUUCUGCGGUGGCCGGAGACAUAGGGACCCCUCCCGCAAAGCUUCUCUGCGAGGUCAGAGGUUUCACCGGUGACUCCCCCGCGACCGCCUGUGCCAACCCUCCACCACCCUGCAGACCAAGCGAGAUGGAAGUAUUAUUGCACUAUACUCGGUGGCCCGUCUCGCUCGGGCACCACACAGCUCAAGAUAACCACUCCCGACUUUCACCGGGCGAGGGGGGGGAGCACCGAAGUCUCUACAACUAUUAAUCCACUACAGAGUUCUCGACAAUCUAGUUCUGAGCUCGCCUAUAAGAAAAAAGCUCCCUCGCACAAAACUGCACCAGUUCACAUCGCUUGGCGGAUCCCGGUCCAGUUUCUGGGCUCCUCGUGGGCGGAGCCUAAGAAACUUUGAUUAUGGCUGGGAGGUGCACUGCAUCACGGAGAAGUGUCUGCCUGCUGUCCCCCCGACAGCAGCGAUGCACUUGCGUAGAUCACAGCGCUUGAAACGCGUAGAGAUACUCGGUAUCCUUACUCACGACCAAGUUUACAUAGUAACUCAGUAUUACGUACAGCUCAGUGUUUUUAUCCGGGCGGAGAGACUCGCACUUUAUUACGCGGCUUAGUAAAGAGCACUAAGGGCGUGCAGAGGUACUCGGUAUCGCUAUACAAUGCAGCAUGCUGAUGCAGAAGGGCGCCUCAUCCUACGUGGUGUGUGGUCAUAUUUCCAUAGCUUGGCCUCCAACUCCAUGAUUUUGGCUUGGAGCCGCAUGGACCUCCUCAGGGGGCUGUUCAUCAAGAUCAAACGGGGAAUAUAUUUUCAGUCUUUGGAAAAGUAGGUUGGUUGAGGUGCCAUAUUGGUCUUUUGUGGAUUUUUUUUUCUGACCUUAUCAUUGCAACUCUAAAGUGUAUCUAAAGCCAAAAAUGUUAUCCCAAUCGGAGAGAACAGGACACCUGACAGGAAGUCCCAGGCCAUAAGCUUUAUAUAUCCUGUUUCCUUCAGCUGAUUGGACAUUGGUAACUCCUCCCAGUUCUCCCUAUUUAACCCCACCUCUGGUGGCAUGGGCCUCCAUCUCUGGUGGCAUGGGCCUCCAUCUCUGGUGGCAUGGGCCUCCAUCUCUGGUGGCAUGGGCCUCCAUCUCUGGUGGCAUGGGCCUCCAUCUCUGGUGGCAUGGGUCUCGUCUCUGGUGGCUGGGAUGGGUCUCGUCUCUGGUGGCUGGGAUGGGUCUCGUCUCUGGUGGCUGGGAUGGGUCUCGUCUCUGGUGGCUGGGAUGGGUCUCGUCUCUGGUGGCUGGGAUGGGUCUCGUCUCUGGUGGCUGGGAUGGGUCUCGUCUCUGGUGGCUGGGAUGGGUCUCGUCUCUAGUGCAGGGGUCUCCAAACUGUGGCCAGAGGGCCAGAUGUGGCCCUUUGCUAGCCUUUUAUCUGGCCCU